CUUGCAGGCCCAUCCGUGGCUGGCUUUGCUCUGCUUCCCGCUCCUCAUCAUCUGGCCUUCGUCAUCACCACCUCCAUCUCCACCUCCAUCUCCACCUCCAUCUCCACCUCCACCAUCUCAGCUACUCCUGCAAGCAUCCUCCCCUCCCCUCCUCGCAGCCCUAACCCCCUCACGCAUCGGCUGCGAAGCUCGAACGAUCCCCACUUCCUGACGAUCUCUAUCGCCCCAGACACUCAGCUGGAUGAGCCAGGCAAUCUGCUCGUUUGGUGACGAUGGUGAGCACAACAAGAGGCAGGAAGAGAUCAUCGUUGCAUCCCAGUGAUGCCAUUACCCUGCUCUCUCCUCCACUCUUUCCCGCGUUCACUCUAUCCGACUCGUCUCCCUACUUACCUCUCCUCAAUCUCCUUCCCUUUUCCUGAGAUGGGUCGAGCGGGAUGGUAGCACGGACUUCGGAUAAUUGUGGGCGUCUUGCCGAGAUGAAGUCGUCAUUCCCGCUCACUGUGACCUACCCUUCACACCCUCGAGCUCGUGUCUUGCAGUUUUGGUAGUGUAUGCAUCGAAGGAUCUGCUGAUAAGGGAGGUGGAGCAGCAGAGUUUCAUGAUUCCAUUGUGCUAGUUGGCCUUAGGUUACUUGGGGUAGUCGUUUGUUAGCGAGGGUAGAGGAGUAGCAAGAAUUCAUGGUGCAUGUGUAUGUGAUUUUGGAUGUAAAGGUGUGGGGGUAACCAUGAGUUUAGAUGUUCUGGUUUUUGAUGGUCGUUGGAAUAGCUGGAGUAUGUGACGGAGCUUUGUGAAAGAGUGUAUGGUUGGUUUGCUGUGAUGGUGUCUGGGAUAUGUUCUGGAUGUGAAGGGUGAGGUGCUCGUUUCCUGGAAUAUAAAACCUGGUCAAUGUUCGUCGUUCGCGUUCGUUUGGAGUUCGAGGGUGACGCGAUGGAGUAGAAAAAGGGGGGCUCCGGCUCGGGCAAUAGGCAGGAAGUGCAGAAGGAGCUUCGGGUAGGCUUACAAGGGGCGAGUUCUCGUGCACUGAAAUGCCUGUAUAGGAUCACACUUCCGCAGUCUCCUUGUGCAUCAUCGUGUUUGUGGACCAAGUGAAGAUGUUGACUCGGGGUGGCAAAACGGCGGCUGAGAAGGUUGUUAGAGAAUUUGAGAAUGGCGCAGACCUGGGUUCACCUGACAAGCGAGAGUCCAUCCCGCCUCUUACAGAUAUGCAGGAUUCUCCCGUGUUCAAGUUCCUAUGCAAUUUGUCGCCAAUCAAGCCUGCGAAGACGGUGCACCAUGCCCAGACGUAUAACGAGCUGACGUUCCCACCUGAGCCCCGAAUUUUUGCCUCUCCACGCAGUGCCAGAAGGUCUUCGUCGAGCUCCCUGAAGAGAGUUGUGGCUGCUGAGCGUUUGUCAGCACUAGCUCAAGCUGAAGGUCGAGAAAGUCUUACAUGGCAAUCGAGUAUCUCCAGAGGCGCUCUUUCUGACAAUGCACCAUCUCCAUCCCCCCUUAGCCGACGCUCUGAUGACCGCCUAGUAACUCUUUGCUCAAGGAUCCAAACAGAGCAAGUGCCUGCUUCUCAAUCUAGUGGUGAAAACCUCGUUGGUCAAGGGAUGUUUGCGAUGAACUCCACGCAACUUAAUUCAGAACCUACAAAUUGCGAGACGGAUAGAAUAGCGGCCACUACUGCCAACUUCCAAACUCAGUUUACAGAUUACCAGCCGCUGGACCAGGUGGCUUCAGCAGCGAUGCCCUCGGAUAUGGCUAGGUACACUGAGGACAUAGGAGAAAAGCCAGGUGGAGCAAGGAGUGAACGAUCUGAUCCUUCUGAAAGAAGGCAAUCUACCUCGAGCUUAAUAUCACAAACAAAUGAUAGCGUGAUGCCUAGUAUUUUAAGCCAAGAGUCGAAGUGCGCAGAGUAUGACGAUCAAAGACGCGUUUCUAUGACAUGCAGCUCUGUUAAUGAAGACCAUGGUUUCAGCUACAGCCCCAUUGCGAAAGGGAGUCUUGAACUCGAUCAGGACACUGCAGCCAUGACAUAUCUCCUCGCUGGAAACCGAGAUGUAGGGCAAAUCAAUGGAAAGGAGUGGUCAGAGAAUUCAAGCGAGGUGGAUGUCUCGAGGCUGCCGUAUCAAGCUGCAUCUGUAAGCUCUGAGAAUCAGGCUGAUACGAUGAAUGAAGGUACUGAGAAACAAGAGCGUCGGGUGCUUGAUGCUAUGACUUCCCAGUCUGGAUUCGGUGCAUCUACUGAUGUCAGACGUGACACAGAAACAAACUUAACAACCGAAGAUGCGGGCCGUGAACAUUCUCUUCCGCCUCAAAGGGCUGACACCGCUGGACAACGUGGUUUUAGAAGACGGUGUCUCGACUUUGAUGUGGCAAGGAGAAAAAGCUUCGGCAGUAUGGGCGGUAGGAAGUCUCUAGGCAGUAGGCUUAAAGACUGCAGUGGAAUUGAUGGGAAUAACACAUCUGUUCUUGGCGAUGGAAUGCGUCCAGCCUCAGAUGCAACAAGAACCAGAGUGCAGAUUCAUGUGGAUGCUUCGAGGACAGCAACUGAUUCUGUUAUGCAUACGGGGGGGGUCCUUGCGCGUGAAGACAAUCUUGGAACUAUGACAAGGAUGCAACAGCUCACAAACAGCACGUACCAAAAUAAAAUGGAUAUCAUGUACGCAAAGACGGGUGAAUCACAUGCUCGGAAUUCGCAAUAUUCUGGAGUGACACCUGGAGUUAACUCACCUGAUGGUGUGAGGCGUAGUCCUCGCGUUCACAAGUCAGGUAUUGGGCUUCACUUGAAUUCCCUGACGAGCUCCAUGUCCUUCAAACGCAAUCCCCCAUCUACAGAAGGAGAAAGUUCCAAAGGAGUCCUGGCAACAGUUUUGGGACUACAACCUCUGACGUCGCCAAGUCCUAGAGAAGAUUCUGGUGGUGAAGGGUUGAGCAGCGCGGGUUACCCUGCAAACUUGAACCAAAGUUUUAAUUCAGGAAUGGGGUCUUCGUUAGAGAGGAGAAUUGAGAUUGAGACGAAUAGUGCUGAUGCCGCAUUCUCUUCUGACAAGAAAGUCGUCAUUCCUACUCCUGAUUUCACGGGCCUUAACAUUGAGAACUUGGCUCCUUUGGAAGAUUCGUUACCAUUAACUCCAGUUACCACAAGCCCUCGAGAUCAAGAACGAUCUCAACCUUAUCAACAGGAGUUAACAUGGCAAGCAGAGGGAGAAGUUACUCACGAGCUUCUAGACAGUCCGCAGAGCUCCAAAAACAGACGGUUGUCUAGACGGAAAUCUACUGCGUCAUCUCAGGGUGAAAAACCAGGGGAUGGCUGCAAGCGCUGUAACUGCAAGAAAUCUAAGUGCCUCAAAUUGUACUGUGAGUGUUUUGCUGCGCGCGAGUUCUGCGUUGGAUCCUGUGCUUGCCGCAAUUGUUUCAAUAAACCCGAAUACGAAGCGACAGUCUUGAACACCAGACAACAAAUUGAAUCACGCAACCCAUUAGCAUUUGCUCCGAAGAUUGUUCAGGCUCCUGAAUCCUCUCCCAUCCCUGGGGACGAAGCUUUGGACACUCCUGCCUCAGCCAGGCACAAGCGUGGUUGCAACUGCAAAAAAUCACUUUGUCUUAAAAAGUACUGCGAGUGUUACCAGGCUGGUGUUGGGUGUUCAGAAGGGUGUCGGUGCGAAGGUUGCAGAAAUAUGUACGGCAGGAAAGAAGGACCGGAAGAGGGUGAAGCGAAGGAGAAAGAUCAAGUCAAUCUUACUGUCGAUAAGUCUCAGGCUGAAGAUCCCAUAGAGUUGUUCAACAGUAUGAGCGGAAAACCUGACCGACUUCGUGACCACGGAAAGUCAAAUCCGUCUCCGAUAACCCCAACCUUUGAAUAUGACGGACUUGGAGAACCCAUGUCCCGACUGAGGUCUACAGGCCGAAAACGAGCUUCUUCGGACGAUCAAUGUGGAUCUCCCCUAGCCCAACCAGCGUCGAGGCCCCCUAAGUCUCCGACUAGAUUCUCGAGUACCUUGGAUGCUUUCGACCUUGUACCCUAUCCUCAAGAGGACACAGACUUCUCCAUAUGUGGAGCUGGAGAUUCUCCCAUGACAACUCCGACGUUUGCGCGCAUUGCACACAUCUCUCGGUGGGAAGGUUUAAGUGACUUAAGCACCCUCACGCCUCUAUCUAUGACCACCUUGCAACCAACCCCAGGGUCUUGUGUGACAACUGAACGACCUGAUACUUCUCCGGCUUUCACUAGCCAGAUGACUGAAACUUCAUUUCACUCGGCUUCUGCCACCAGUGCCCAUCAUCACGCAUCUUCUAGAAUUUGGUCGUCACAAAUACCAGAGUUCAGGCAUCCAGAUCCGCAAUCCCCUAAUCGAUUCGACACGCCUCAUCAAGCACAGUUGUCCAGCACCGACGAUCUUGAUUCAACGACUCGCACGUCCACCGUUCACCCAGGAAAGAACCUCCACAAUGAAUUAGAGUCGGUGAAGACAGCGGCCGAUGACGAUGGCACCCCGUACUUUUUGAAGUAUGGAGACGAUUUCAGCUCCCCAACCCGAAGCACCGUGACGAAGUCGAACUCCCCGAAACAGAAGCGCGUCACUCCACCCCGUUACGCAGACAGCAGAGAUCAAGCAUCAUCUGGUGGUUGUGGAAAUUCUUUGGCUUCUCCGCCAGGGCUUCGGAACACGAAAAAGUUCAUCCUGCAGGCUCUGCCAUCCCUGCCGUCUGCUGCUCCCUCUUCUUUCUCCAAUGGCUGAUGACUGUUUCUUUUGCAACUGGCUUACCUGCUUUCCAUCUUUACUUUACUAAGCCGUGGAACAAAACGACUACGACUCUCCACUUUUGCCUCUGCUGGCUGUACAAACUCUGGGACUUAUGAAACUUAGCGGGGGUCAUUUCUCUGCCAUGAACUCUUUCCUGAUGCCUGACAGUAAAAAAUAACAAAUCUUUUAUUUCACAGCAUGGUAGAUCAUUAGUUGCCUCAAUGACCCACUUUAGAACACGAUUCGAUUUUAAUUCAAAAAACUGUGAUACGAGUGUCAUUGAACUGCGUGUAGUUUCCAUUCUCCUGUUGGAGAGGCGAAGAUAACACUAGGCUCCGACUUUUCGGUGGAGUGUCACAAGUAUUAUCACACUUGCCUAUUUUUUCGACCUUGUUUUGUGUCCAGUUCUCUAGUAGUUGCAGCUUUAAGUUGUCCCUACUGAUGCAAAGGAUUAGAUUGACAAUACUAUCCAGAGGGACCUAAGUAGUACCAGUCUCCUAGGUUACGGUGUGAAGACAAUUUUAAGAAGUUUCUUCAUGCCACGGAUGAUGAAUAAGAUUGAGGAACCCAUGAACAAUAUGGUUGCUGUGUGCAGUUGGUA